AAAAGUGCAUGUGUACACUCUGUAAUGGAAAGUCUGUUCCAAGAAAAACUUUUAAAAUACAUUGCGCAAAGACCCAUGCUAGUCAUCUGAACUCCAUAUCACAACUGGGCAAUGUUUCAACGAGCAGUUACAAUAAAAAAGUACAGGCACAGCAAGAAAAGAAUGAUCUACAGAAACCAUUGUAUGAAGGAUCUUCUAGAACAUUGAUUGAAGCUAUAUCAGAGCAUUUUCUUAUAUUUUCAUCAAACAGUGGAAUGUCCAAAGCAGCUUUAACUGAGUGCUUACAGCACGAGAAGCGCAUCAUGCCUCAACCUAAUUAUUUACCAGCUUCAUACAAGGAAGCAGUUAAAAUGAUCAAACCAAGUUUAAUUCCUAUAAAACAGUACAAAUGUUGUGUUAAUGACUGUAAAAUAUAUCCAAUGAAUGACAAUAUCCGUGAGUGCAGCGUUUGUGAUGAAUCACUUCUGUAUAAAGACACCAAUCGUUGUAAGAAGACAUUCAGCUAUAUGCCAGUUGUUCCAAGACUUGCUCGUUGGUUCGGAACAAAGAAUUUAGCAAAAAUACUUUAUGCAAAGAAACUUGACACAAAUGGGAAACUGUGUGACUAUACUGAUGGACAAAUAUUUCAAGCAGAAUUAAAUAACGGUAUAUUUAAAGACACUGAUGUUGAGCACUGUGUACCACUUGCACUAUUUACUGAUGGUGUAAAUCCUAACAAAAACAAUGCUGCUCAGAAAUCUAUGUGGCCUAUCAUCUUGACUUGGAUAUCAUUGCCUCAGGAGAUUCGCUACCUUCUAGGACCAAUGAUGUUGGUCGGCAUUAUCCCAGGGAAUGGAAGAAAAGAGCCCAAGUCUUUGGAUCCAUAUAUUACAAUAUUGGUUGAUGAGUUGCUGUCCAAUAUGGAAUGUCAGCUAUAUGAUUCCCACAAAGAUGCUCCAGUGACAGUUAAGAUAGCGCUACUCCAAUAUCUGUGUGAUAUUCCAGCAUUUGCAAAAUUGCUGCACUUAUCAGGUCAAGCAGCAUUAAGAUCAUGCACAUUCUGCAAAGAAGUUGGUGUAAGGAACAAUUCCCUGAACAAAACAAUCCACAUAUCAAACAGACAGUUCCUAAGUGAUGAUUCUGCCUAUAGACUUGACUGCACAAACUUUGCACUUAAAACCGUUGUCAAUGAUCCAAAGCCUGCAUUUUACUCUAAAGAUGAAGAAAUGACAGCACGUAAAGAUUUUGAUUUGAAACCAAACAAGAACCAAAAGACCAUCCACCAGAAAGAAACUGGUUUAAGAGGCAUUCAUCCCUUAUAUCCACUUCCGUAUUUUGACAGACUAAAGCAAAUGCAAACAGAUGGUAUGCAUACCAUUUCAGAUGUUAUUUCGAAUGUGUUAGAUUUCAUUAGUGGGAAAACUGACAGUGCAAAAGUGCGAAAUUGUGAGAAGCAAUACAACAGAUUUGAGCAAACUUGGGUGACCAAUAAAAGAAAGAGUACAGAUCAGGGAAAACAACCUAAGAAAAAACAGAAAAAACAGUCAGAGCCCCAGUCAACAAAUGUUGUCACCGAAGAAGAAGUCAGUUUUCCAGAUGCUCCAUGGUCUCUCUCAAAGAGUCAAGUAAAACUUGCAGACAAAAGAGCACAAUCUAUUCAGUACCCUCGAGGAUUCGACUAUACACCUGCUGACCAUUUCACCAGACAGUGGACACUUCGUACAAUGCAUGGAAAGCAACAGUUUGUAACCCAAAAUGCUGCUUCAUGGUGUUUGAGAGGUCUACUAGGACAGCAACAAGAGAAGACACUUUUUCAACUAUUUGAUGUGUUGAGCAGACUUGUUAAACCUUCAUACCUGAAAGAUGAAAUUCCUACUUUGAUAGAAGACACCCAUAUUGCUGUGACACUACUUGAGAGAGAUUUUCCACUGACGUUACAGAAUUUGACGACACAUUUACUUCACCACAUACCUGAGGGGUUUAUGGACUUUGGACCAUUAUAUGAUAGGUGGUUGUAUCCACUAGAAAGAGCCAACAGCUGGAUAACAAGACAGAUUUUACAGCAUGGGCAUGAAGAAUCUACAGUCAUGCAAACAUACUGUAUAUAUGACUGGAGUGUUUUCAAUUUGCUCAAUGGAACAGUCAAAUCUGACAGUAGCAGGAAGAAUGCACUCCAUAAAGUUGCAGAGAAAGUUUUGCCAAGUGAGGAAUAUCCUGUUACCAGUGUCAAUAGUAUACUAUCCAACAGCUUAUUACAACAGGAGGACAUUAAAGAUCUACAUUGUAGAUACAAAGAAAUUUUUCCAAACUUACAAUUUGAACAAUUUGAUGUAGAUCCCACAGUAGAGAAGAAAAAUACAGUGUUUAGAUAUGACGAAGACCGCAAGAGAGAGGUGUAUUUCACUACUUAUUUAUAUCAGUCAGUCUCAAGAUCAUGUGACUAUAUUGUAUGUGUAAGACAUCCAACAAUGCUGUUUGGAAAGAUCAAGCAGAUAUACCAACACUGUUUCAUGGACAAUGUUUUUACUUGGGUACGACUAGAUGUAUUUCCUUUACCAGAGGCAAGUGGAUCUUUUUGGUUUACAGAGAAUGUAACAUUGACUUCAAAAUUGUGUCUUUUGAAGGAUAUCAGCAAUCCUAUUGUCACAGCAGUUGAGGAUGGUGUUAUUUGGUUUUUAAAUGCUUAAACCACCUGUUGAAUAUGUUACAAUUGUUGUACAGACUUUUUGUACAAGUUGUCAGUUUUCUGUGAACCUCUUUACAUAAAUGGAUAAGAUAAUAAGCAAAUUAUAAGCAUACUGUCUUUGGUUAUGCCUAUCUCUAUCAUUAUUUUAAUAAUAUCUUUAUGCUACAGUUAUGUACCGGGUAUAUAGAAUUUCAAUUUUUUUAAUUUCAUACAAAAAGACUAUAUGGUAUUUUGUGAACAUCUAGUCAAAGAGAACAGCACUUCAUUAUAUAACCAAAAAUACAAACUGACUGUCCCAAGUCAGGAGCCUCUGGCCUUUGUUAGUCUUGUGCAAUUUUUCAAAGUUUAGUAUGACGUCCAUUAUCACUAAACUAGUAGAUGUAUACAUAUUUGUUUAAGGGCCAGCAGAAGGAAACCUAAGGGUGUGGGAGUUUCUCUUGCUACAUUGAAGACCCAUUGGUGGCCUUUGGCUGUUGUCUGCUUUAUGCUCUUUGACACAUUCCCCAUUUUAAAUUUUAUUGCUUGCAAACAUAGAGCUUGAUAUUUCGAGAAAAUCGUCUGAUAUUCUUUAAAUUUUUAUAAUGUUUUCAAAAAGUGAUGAUCAAAACAACUGAUAUUUUACUUAAUGCUUUGUUAUAAAAAAAUUUAAGAAAGUGUAUUAUGUACUUUGCUGUUUUACAAUGACGAAAAUGUGCUAAUUAAACUUGUAUAUAAUUUAUAAUUCCUGUACUUGUGUCAAUCAUAUUAUAUAAAGUUUUAUUUAUUGAGGUCUCAAAUCUGUUGUUAGUUAUUUAACAGAUAUAAAAUAACUUCAUAAGGUAUGCCCGUGCCAUGUGCAGGAUGCCCUUGUAAAUUAAAAUGUUCCUAACACUUUGACUAAAAUUAAUUUGGCUCGUUUUAUUUUCUUAAGAUUUUUACAAAGUAUUUACUUUGACCCAUUGACAAAAAUAUAAAAAAAUCAGAAAAUUGGAACCAACCGUUUUAUCAAAAAAAUUACACUGGUUAUAUAGCAGUUUGAAAAACACUAAUUUUGAUCAUUGAGAAGCUUAAUAUUCCCUUAACAACACAACGUAAUUAAAACGUUUAGCUGAUAUUGCAGAGUUAUCUCCCUGUAGUGUUAGGUACCACC